AGCCAAAGAUCUUUUAUCCGACCUUCAGGUCUCUGCUGCGCCAUUCGUAUCAUGAAUACCUCAGUCUAUUAUGUCCAUCUAUCUUAAUAUUAUCUGGCUUAGGAUAAGAAUAUGUAGGGAACAUGCUCUAGCAUUGGACUCUAUUAUAGUAGUAAAUUCAUAAUGAACGAUAAGACUGAUCAAACAUUUCAAACAAUCUAUAUCAUUCGGCAUCAACAGAAUGGUCAGAUGGAACGAAAUCAGAUGUUUUACAUGUACCUACUGAAGUGAAUAAUGAUCAACCUCCAAUCUUGAUAGAAAUCCAAAACAGCGUCGAUCAAGCAUUUAUGAUAAGAUUAAUUCAGUAUUGUACUCGUGUGUAUGAACGUUUUCAAGUUAUGCCUGUGGUUCUUGUAUUCGUAGUUGUAAAGUUCUCUAGCAAGGAAUUUGAAAAAAAAUUUGUGCCGAAAGUCAACACACCAUAUUUGCUUAAAACAUCAUCUGCAAAAUCAAUUGAAAAUCAUAUCAAAGUGGGCAUGAAUCAGCUUGUGGCACUUGCUUACUAUACCACCUGUCAAUCUGCAAGCUUAAGUUUAUUAGAAUAUGCUGGUGAUUCAACCGUACGCUUUUUAUACUCAAUAUGCAAGGCUAACAUGAAGAAAAAGGGAGGUGGUGAAUUAGUUAAAAUCAUCGACCGAAGCACUGAACAAAUAAAGAAAGCAAUCGGUUUAGAUGAAGAUCCUAUCUUGACGGCUGAAAAGUGCAAAGGUUUCGCUGAAAACCUAUUGAAAACUAUUGAAGUACAGAAAAGAAAGCUAGUUGGGGUGUACGAAUUGAACGCAGAAGCAUCACAAAAGCAACAAAAAAAAAAUACAGUGCAGAAGACUUUGAAUUCAUUGAAAGCAGUUCUGAACCAGGCAAACCAAAAAAAUGGAAGAAAAUCUAUGAUGAAGGAAAAGCCAAAGGACUCUUUAUUUCUUAUACCUCGUCAAAUUCCCUCAAAAGUUCAUACCAUCAUAGCAAAAAGCGUGAAAAAACUAGAAAAUAAUAUUUAACUUUUAUUUCCAAAUGAAAGAUUUUACAUUGAAGUUUUUUAUAUUGAAUUCUCUACAACCAAGUUAAUGGCUUGAUUUCCUACAUUAAAAGAUGAGACCAUCU